GAUCUACACAGGGGGCUUAGCCUUACCUUAAAAAAUAUGAGCGUUUCUAGCUUUUCAUAUGUGCCACAAAAGGUAGGCUGCUUGCAGAAUCAUCUUUCCUCCAUGUCUCUGAAGUUUGAAAAUUCCAUUUAGGUCCAACCACCAUAUCUCCAUGGGUUUGUGUCUUGGUUCACGUUGGGGAUCGCUAAUCCAGAGUUCUGCCAUAUCAAAGAAGACUGAGAACAAUUAAUCAAGCAGUGUAAGAUAUUGCCUCCAUUUUUGAACUUUGCACUACAUCUCAGACAAAGAAAGGAAGGCGAAAGUUUGAGGUUUCACAAUCUCGAGUUUCAGUUUCGCGCAAUUUCUGUCCCUGCACGCCAACUGUUCGGUGUUUUGCUUCUUUGAGAGCUUUAACAUUUUGGGUCGCACUAUUCUCAUGUAAACGGAGCCAUCCACUUCUGUAUCCAAAACUCCGAUGAUGGUGUUCUUCCUCGCAAUAAGAGCUGCUUCCUUAUACAACCAACGUUUUCUGUUAAGAAAAUCCAGUUUCUGGUUCAAGUAUCUCACCGCCAUUCCCAAUAAGGAUGAUGGCCAUGGAGCUGCAACUGUGCCACCUUUUGAGAGCUCCCCUACCCUUCAUCUUUCACCAUUUUUAUCCAAUUUUGAUCACCCUCCAAGUGGAUAUAACAUUGAGCUUGUAGAUGGUGAUGCUUGGGGUGUCUCAUCUGGGGUGGCACAAGCCUGGCCAGGAAGGCAUUCAGCUAGAUCAGCAGCUACUACAUUUGCACACCAUGGUAUUGAUGAACCUGUUGAUUGUAACUCCUCUCGUUUUGAGGAUGACAUGGAUUUGGAAGAUAUAGAUAACAUGAGGGUUCGCGGGAAUCUGUUCUAUAAGCUCGAGCGCAGUUCCAAGGAGUUUGAAGAGUAUAAUUUAGAUUUUCAACGCAAGAAAUCUUCCAAGAAGAAAGACGAAAAGAAGGAAAACACUAAGGAAGCAAAGAAAGCUAAGGAGUGUCCAAAUCCAAAUGUGACUUCCAAUUCCAAAGAUAAGCUUCCGAAAGAUCAUAUCGCAACAAGAAGCAGAAUUGUUAUGGCCCGGUUGGAUGAAAUUAAAGAUGUUUCUCCUGAGAACAAGAGGCAGAGGACUCCCACUUUUAACCAGCUUACGGGUCCUUAUCAUGAACCAUUUUGCUUGGAUAUUUACAUAUCUAAAGGCUCUGUUCGUGCUAGCAUUGUUCAUAGGGUAACUAGCAAGGUUGUUGCAGUGGCACAUUCCAUUUCUAAGGAUAUGAAGUUUGACCUGGCUUCUACCAAGAACAAGACCACCUGUGCUGCUGUGGGUGCCAUUCUGGCUCAGAGAGCAUUGGCUGAUGAUAUUCAUGACGUGAUUUACACUCCAAGAAAAGGAGAAAAGCUCGAGGGAAAGCUUCAUAUUGUUCUCAAGUCUAUCAUUGACAAUGGCAUUAAUGUGAAGGUAAAGAUCAAGCAAAGAUUCAGGAGAUCAAUUAAACCCCAUUCUACCUAGGAGUAUGCUAGUUCUAUUAGCAUUAUCUAUUGGACUAUUGGUGGGUGGAUUUUAACCAUUUGGAAACUGUGAAGCGCCAUUUUAUAUUCCACCCUUGUAACAUGUGAACAAAGUUUAAUAUUUAAAUAAAACUGCACUUCAGUCUUGAUCCUAGGUAAACCAUAAA